AUGGGCCUAGCAUACAACGUCUACCUCGACUCGACCAAGAUCUUCGGCUGCAAGAACUGCAAGACACAUCUUGCCAAUUACGAUGAUAUCAUAAGCCGAAACUUCCGCGGUCAACACGGCAAAGCCUUCCUCUUCUCCAGCGUCGUCAACAUCAAAGCCGCCGAAGCCAUGGAACGGAACAUGACCACGGGGAGACAUGUCGUAAGGGACAUUAUAUGCCGACAGUGCAAUGAGACGGUUGGGUGGAAAUAUGAUAAAGCCUAUGAGGCGAACGAAAAGUACAAAGAAGGGAAAUUUAUACUGGAGGCGGAGUUGCUGCAGGUCGUGUACUGA